AUGCUGGGAGAUUUUCUGCUUCCUCUCUCUCUGAAUGCUUUGUUCCUCAGUCGAGACUUCAGGACCGGCUCAUUUCAGUUCCUAAAGGAAAUCCGAGGCGGUCGCGCUCCUAAAGACAGUCCGGUCCGGCAGCUUCCUCUAUACGACACUCCGUACGAGCCGGAGGAGAACGGAGGAGAUCCAGACGGAGGUGUGUGUUCCCGCGAGAGCAGAUUACCGCAGGACGACGAGAGGCCGCCGGAGGAGUACGACCAGCCCUGGGAGUGGAAGAAAGACCGCAUAUCCAAAGCCUUCGCAGUAGAGAUUAAAGUCAUUAAGGAUCUGCCGUGGCCUCCUCCGGUCGGGCAGCUCAACACCGGUCCUCCUCUGAUGGAGGCGGUGGAGGCUCCGUCUUCUCCGGGACUCAGCGCCACAGCCUCAGCCUGCGACCAGCUCCAGCACGUGCAGUUUGACGGCGUGGAGAAGUCCCACAUGUCUCCCACUAAGGACCUGAAGUGUCGUCCUCUGCAGCGGCACUCAAGCAGCUGUCUGGUCAGCACUAAGAUGAGCUCUGUGGAGCCCAGCGGGCCGAGCGUGGGCGAGCGCAUCGACCCGUCCAUGCCUCUGGAGAGCCAGUUCUGGUAUCACGGAGCCAUCAGCCGAACGGACGCCGAGUCUCUGCUGCGCUUGUGUAAAGAGGCCAGUUACCUGGUGAGAAACAGUGAGACCAGUAAGAACGACUUCUCGCUCUCGCUCAAGAGCAGUCAAGGCUUCAUGCACAUGAAGCUCUCCAGGACCAAAGACAACAAGUACGUACUGGGUCAGAACAGCUGCCUGUUCGACAGCGUUCCCGAGAUCAUCCACUUCUACUCCAGCCGCAAACUACCAAUCAAAGGGGCCGAGCACAUGUCCUUGCUGUACCCCGUGGCCAUUCGGACACUAUAGAGGCAGAAACGCUGCCGAACCAGGACAUUUGUUCAGCGUUUACAAGACAUCGACAAACUAAAGUGCUACUGAGAUCCCGAAGGCAAAAAGGGAGACUCCUGGAAGCCUCAUUCGUCUCGUCUCGAGGAACGCGGUUUCUCUGUCCUUCAAAUGCCUUCUUCAUGAUUCCAAACCCGUUUUCUCCCUUUUUCUUCACAUAAGUGGAUCUUUAGUCUUAGACCUGCACCCACACUUUAUCUCCGCUGUUACACACUGUACAGAAACACGAAAUGUUGCUCGGACUUUACCUUUCGGAUGUUUAUAGUUACGAUUUCUGGACAUGUGAAUCAUUAGACAUUCUUGAACAUUAAAACGCCACAGUAAACGGAGAACAAAGACACUGAAUCAUACUGUAGCGAAACCUCAUCGUCUGGACUUUCUGUGACGAUAUUGUCAAUCAGUUGGGUUCGGUGAAAUAUUAGCUAAUCAUUAAACAUGAACAUUUUCAGAUCAUACAGAAAAAUAAACCCCAGAAGACUGAAAUCGAGCAUUCAGCAUUUUCCGGUUAGACCCACAGAUGUGAAGAGUAAUCGCUACGCAGACAGAUCAUUAAGUUCCUUAAAAUAGCAGUAAUAGCGCAGAGCGAGAGGAGAAGAGAUGGAUGGUGCCAUUUAAGUGCACUUGGACAUGCAGAUCAGCGUGAAAAAGGACCUUUUAAUUUAAUGUUCAAAGAGAGUCACUUCAUACACCAGAGUAUAGGAUGAUCUUGAGCAAGGAGAAUGAAAUAUUCCUGUAUUGUCUACCUCAGAAAAUCAAUUUCGUUCGUCCAUCCGCCGGUCGAUAAGGUACAGUGACGUUGAAGAUAUCGAUCGUCUCAAGUUCCCACCAAAUUUUGCCUUUUGGUUUGAGAAUAGCUUCUUCCUUGACCCUGAUUUCUAUGCUGUUGUGACUCUGUUUGGUUAAUGCCUUAUACUGUAAAUGCAUGGAUUAAAAAAGAAAACAAAUGGAGAACGCUGUCGUUCGAUGAAUGUUUAGUGGCUGUAAUUUAUUAUGGAGAAAAAAAUAAUGCUAUUGCUGAUGUUUUAGUCCAGCUAAGACAAUGUUCUUGGCCGGUGUGUGUGUGUGAUAUAUCUGACCUUUAUAAAGUGUGUCAUAUAUCUGACGUGUCUUCGCGAUUGUCCCCACCUGAAUACUCUGAUUGGAUGCUGCUUGCCAUGGAAACCAUUUAGAGCAGUUCAGCCAAUCAGAGCGCAGAUUUGUCCUGACCCUUCCUCUGACCUCUGGUUUUCCUCAUUUGCCAUCGUCCGGUUUCUUUCGUGUCAUUGUUUUUCUCUCUCUCACUCGGCGUGUUUGUUUAAAGCAUGAUGCCCGACACAGUUGUGUUACGGAUAUAAAGCCUGUGUGAUUGGAUUACUGUCAAUCCUUGUGUUUCAUUCUUGUUUUCAGUUUUCAGUUCAUCGUUUCCCUCUCUGAUACAAUUUCUGUAUUCCUUCAACCCUUAAAGGGACAGUUCCACCCAAAAAAUGAAAAUUGUCAUCAUUUACUGACCUUCAUGUCAUUAUUUUGCUGAAUGUCUGUCUUUGGCUGUUCUUCUCCAUACAGUGAGAGUUAAUUCAGAAGAGUUAAUUCAACUUCAAAAAUAUCAAAAAUCACCCAAAAGGUAUCAAAAA